CCUGAUGCUAGUGGAGACUUGAACCGAGGGUGAACCCCAGGCAGCAAGACCGGACCUUCGGCAAUGAGUUUCUACAAAUCACAAUAAUUUUUCAACAGUAUUAAGAUAGUAAUCAUGAACACCAAAGACUUUGUAGUUCUUCCAUGGGGAAAACCUGGACAUUCUGUAAAGCUGAAGUAUAAAAAUGCUCAAGAACUGAGGAUGGAGAAAGUGCAGUUGGAGUUGCAGAACCAAGAGAUGGAAAAGAAACUGCGGGAAUUUCAAUCAACAAGGAGCAAAGACAAGGAAGAAAGAGAGUCAAGUGGAUAUCACUGGAAAUCGGGAAAAGUGGGCAAAUUGGGUAAUCAAUCACAUAUAAUGUCACAAAAUAAAGGAAAUGUUAUUAAGUUUUCUCCUGGAAAAUUGAAAUUAAAAUUGCUGAAGGAGCAGCUUCAAGAGUCAGUAAGACAACCGCUUAAUUAUAAAAUGGCAAAUUCUUCUGGAAGUGAAAAACCCAAGAUAAAAGGGAAGCUUUGUGGACAGUGUGAGAACAAAGCCGCGCUGCUAGUAUGUCUUGAAUGUGGAGAAGAUUAUUGUUCAAGGUGCUUUGCCAAAAUUCACCAGAAGGGGGCACUGAAGCUCCAUAGAACAACUCUUUUGCAGGCAAAAUCUCAAAUAUUAUCCAAUGUAUUGGAUGUUGCCCAUCAGUUUAUAAAGGAAGUUAAUCAUGAUGAACCCAAAAGAGAGAAUCGCUCUACACAAGAGAUUAGUAAAACUCAGCAUAAACCUAAACCUCCUCUUCUGCAGGGGAGCAGCUCUGAGAUGGAAGUUUCAACAACACAAAAAGGAGAAGGUACAAACCCAAGAGAUAGGCUCACGUGUAAAGGGUCAUUUGAUGAAGAAGCUUCUGCCCAGUCCUUUCAGGAAGUUUUAAAUGAAUGGAGAACCGGACACCAUUCUGACAAUGAGAAACAGAGCUCACCUGCAGCAAAACCAGACUCAUUGGAAGAGUGUGAAGUACAAACCAAUUUGAAAAUUUGGAGAGAACCACUUAAUAUUGAAUUUAAAGAAGACAGUAUAUCCUAUAUGGAAAAAUUAUGGCUUAAAAAACACAGAAGAAUUCCACUGGAGCAAUUUCAAAACAUGCUACCAUAUACGUUCAUACCUCAAUGUACAACCACUACUGAGACACAGCAUUCUCAGACCGAAAGCGAUGAAGAUAGUGAUGUUGAGGAUAUCAAAGUACAGUUUCCAGUACUUUUUCUGCCAGUAGAAGAAUUAAGCACAGAGAGACCCGAAACAUCAGUCAAAAUAGUUGAACUGGAAGAUACUUAUGAAGAGGAAUUUGAAGAACAAGGAAACAUCGUACCUUACAAAGUUGAAUUAGCUGGUGCAGACAGUCGACAAAGUUGCACAUUGCAUGAUUAUCAGAAUAGCUUUCUGUGUGAAAACGACAUCCAUCAGCAUCAUGUUUUUACCCAGGGGAAAACAGGCCUCCUACAUCUUUAUCUAAACAACAGCUCUUAUCAUGAAGAUAACUCAAAAGCAGGAACUUCAAAUACAAAAUUUGAUAAAGAUGUCGACCCUGAUGUUUAUUCUCCUGCUGUUGAAAAAUUAGGGGAAAACAGCUUCUUUGAAAGACAUUUCAAAGAGAAAAGUGUAAAAGAUAUGGAAAGUAAUCAGAAGUUGGAUAAUUCCUGCAUAUCAUUUGAGAGCAAGGAUUCUUUGCCUAAUGUAGAUUUAGAACCACCUUCUGUUAAGGAGAAAUUACCAGAAGGCAUCAAAGAAUCCAUGGAAUUUAGCAACCUUCCUGAGAGGCCAGAGUUUGAAGAUUCAAAAACUGCAGAGUCACCACUGUUGUUACAAGAAAUAGCCUGCAGAAGUGAACCUAUAAUUGAACAAUAUCAGGGACUUCAAAGAUUCUUUGUUUCUGAUAAGAAUGAAAGACUAAACUUACUUCCUUCUCAUAACUUAGAAUGCAGCUCUUCCAGCAUUAUUAGGAUUACCAUUGCAGGAGACAGAGACUGGAUCCCAGACCACAGUAUAAGUGCACAUGCUGACAGAAGAGUUGCCUUGGGUGUUGUGUGGAGUGCCCAGAGCUCGCCGACCGGCAGAGCCCGGCAGAGGACCGGCCAGACAUCACAGAGACCUUUUACAGCAAAUUUAUGACUGUCUAACUCUGUUAAGAGAAGCUCCAGCAGUUUUUUCCUUCUCUCAUCCUCCACCAAGAGGUGUCCCUGUUCAGUUAUUACUGCUGGUGCUUCUGAAGUUGCAGGAAUGGAACACAUUCAUAUUACUGAUCACAAUGAGCCUUUCUCAGACAGUCUGGAGAAGGAAUCAAAUGUGUGGAAAAAUCUUGCAGAUCCUUCAGAAGAACUUUACAGCCUAACCUCAGAAGAUUCAACAGCCUUCAACUACAAUUCGCUUAAUAUAAGUCAGUCGGUCCUAGAUUUCUUUAAGACCUCGCGUUCUACUGGCCCCUGUGGAAUAGAAAAACCAAGCUCUUCUGAAAAAGAUACUGAAAUUCAGUCUUCCCUGACACUUUCUGAGAGCAGCACAGAUGAGGAGGAAGAGGAAUUUCUUGACAAGCAACUUGUCAUCACACUACUAUGGCCAAAAAGUACCUAA